CUUCUCCCAAAUACGCACUCACCUCAGAGCUGGGGGGCAAACAAGAGACGAGCAGGGGGCCUCCCAGGUAAAUGCCAGGGAACCUUCUCCUCCCAGGCCAGAACUGGUGGGCGACCCAUCGCUGGAUGGAAGAGACGCAGUUAAGGACAAUUUAGUCGCUGAGACUGGCCAGGACCCCGCAAGAAGACUAUGACUUUCUCUCCAACUGGUGGAAGAUGCCAUCGGGCUUCCUAAGACCUUCCCAGGUAUAGAGCGAUCGGCAGAUUUGGUAGGAGCCGACCAUGUAUAACCAACAGGCCUACCCUUCCUUUGCCCACCCCCCGGCCCUGAUGCAAGAUGGCAGCGGACAGUAUAAUGUGGGCACCUACACUGGCAUGGCCGGGCACAGCCACCAAGCUCAGGCUUUCUUCCCUUUCUCUGGGGUAAAGUCGGACUAUGGAGACAUUGGGGGGCAAACUCCUGCGGUGGGAGAUAAUUCUGCCCCAGUCAUGGGCUGGAACCCUCUAGCUUCUCUGGAUCCUGCCAACCAGUUGGGCAUCUCCGGCCAAGGGAACCCGUUUAAGGGUUUAAAGAGGGAAAGGGAAGACGAAGAGGCCAAAUCGGAAUCCCCUGAGCCCAAAUGCAGCCCUCCGGCCGCCGCACCCUACUAUACCCACUCCUGGAAUCCCUCCAGCUUCUGGUCGCAAGUCUCCUCAAGUGGGACCACCAUUGCGUCCAAGCCCAUACCCAUCCCACACCAGUCCGGUGAUAAAUGUGACCCCGCUGGGGCAAAUAGCAUCUUUCCGUCCGACCAGAGCCCCGACAAGUCGGCAGAAAGUGGCAUCUCCAGCUUGGAGACCAGUCGCUGUAGCAGCGCCACCAGUAGCUCUUCUGGUGGGACCAACUUGGGGACCCCUAGAAGCCUUUCUCGGGGGGCUAGCGACGGGCUGAGCAGUGACAGUGAGGAGGAAGCCCCCAAUUCUGGGGAGAUGGAGCAGUUCGCCAAAGACCUGAAGCACAAGCGUAUCACGAUGGGGUACACUCAGGCGGAUGUUGGCUACGCACUAGGGGUGCUUUUUGGCAAAACAUUCAGCCAGACCACCAUCUGCCGCUUCGAGUCCCUCCAGCUCUCCUUUAAGAACAUGUGCAAGCUCAAACCUUUGCUGCGGAGUUGGCUCCAUGAGGUGGAAAACAACGAGAACCUCCAAGAAAUUAUCAGCAGGGGGCAGAUAAUUCCCCAGGUCCAGAAGAGGAAGCACAGGACCAGCAUCGAGAACAACGUGAAACGCACCUUGGAGACCUACUUCAUGCAGUGCCCCAAGCCCAGCGCUCAGGAGAUCGCUCAGAUUGCGAGAGAGCUCAACAUGGAGAAGGACGUGGUGAGAGUCUGGUUCUGCAACCGGCGGCAGAAGGGCAAGCGCCAGGUGUACCCCUAUAUUAGGGAGAAUGGCGGGGAGCCUUAUGACGCCGGCCAACCCUUGAUACCCCCCUCCCCAGGUCCUUUUCCGUUACCCCAAGUGAUGCCCUCCCAGGUCCCUCUGGGUCCCAACCCAGCCAUCUACCUUCCGACCUAUCACAAAAACGACAUGUUCCCCCAGGCAAUGCAUCAUGGGAUAGCCAUGGGUAACCAAGGCAACUAGACCAGCCCAGUCUAUCCUUUACUCUAUAGUUCCUUUAGUUUUUUUUUUUUUUGUACCCUCCGGGGACCAGAUUUCUAUGACUCCCUGAUCACUUCCUGUUCAGCAGAGCAGGAAGUUGACAGUAACUUCCUGUUGAAGCUGAAGGAAUGCUGUGGGCUGAUAGUCCUGCCUUCAGUUGGCCCCAUACAAGCUUGUUAGGUGACCCCAUUCUAUUGCCAGCUCAGCUCGCUCUAUAGCCCCCCGACUUUCUCUUGCCCCGCCCCUUUUAUAGAUAUAUAUUUUAUUGCCCCUCCUGUAGCUGCCCUAGACUAUAACUUAUUUGCCCCAUCUCCUAGAGAUACCGCUAUGUGUCCCUCGGACGCGCCGCCUCGAUUUGCACUCGUGUUCAUUCCAGCUUGUGAUUUGCUCUGUGAGGUCAGCUGACUGCCUGGGAUUCCGUCCCCCGAGGAGCACGUGAUAUUCAUGGGGGGGUCUAGCACUAACCCACCAACAGUUCUCUUUCCUACACUAAUGCUGCAAACCCCAAAGAGCAUUCCUCUUGUGAAUGGACAGAAAUCUUUAUGGGGGGGGGGGGGGCAUGAGUGACCCCCACUGAACCCCCAAACUUUUAUUAUGGAUUUUUUUAAGUGUGGUGAGUUCAAUAAAUGCCCCCAUUUUGUGCCUUUUGUUGAGUUACAGAAAUGCAUUUUGUCUUCUGAGUCUCAACUUUUUUCCUUCUUUUCUCCUUUUAUUGCUUUUCCCACAUUGUGUGCGUUUUCACUGUCCAAUGAGAUCCGACGUGUAACGGCAUUGGCCGAUUCCUGACCAAUAAACCAGAACCUGUUUUAUAACUUUG